AUGAACAAUAAAUCACGUACUUUCGAUGAAGAAUUACAUUUUAUUGAGAAAAUUAAUGAAAUAAAGUAUCGAAUAAGAAAAGGGUUUGUCCCUAACAUGAAAACAGACGGAAUUGUUUAUGUCAAUUCAAAUUUAAAACAACUUUUAAUUGAUGAGCUAGAGCAUUACUCAUUACAAAAUGCUCAACAAAUUUUCAAACCAUAUAAUCGGAACAAAGAAAUCACAGAAAGCAUAGGAGGAUUUUUACCUGCUUUGAAACAGAUAGCCAACGUAGCGUCUCUUCCGGGAAUAGUAGGUAACUCUAUCGGUUUGCCCGAUGUUCACUCAGGCUACGGAUUCGCUAUUGGUAAUAUGGCUGCGUUCGAUACUGGUGAUCCGCAAUCAAUCAUCUCUCCGGGGGGUGUAGGAUUUGACAUUAACUGCGGAGUCAGACUAUUACGGACAAAUCUCACUGAACAGGAUAUUCUUCCUAUUAAAGAAAAAUUAGCGCAAUCUAUGUUUGAUCAUAUACCAGUAGGCGUCGGAAGUCAAGGUAUAUUUCCUUGCAGCAACUAUGAUUUAGACGAAAUUUUAUUACUGGGAAUGGACUGGUCAUUAAGAGAAGGGUUCUCAUGGCCUGAAGAUAAGGAACACUGUGAAGAGUAUGGCAGAUUAACAUCAGCCAAUCCUGUAGCAGUCUCUAGUCGUGCCAAACGAAGAGGACUAUUGCAAUUGGGAACAUUAGGUGCUGGAAACCAUUACGCUGAAGUGCAAAUCGUCGAUGAAAUAUAUGACGAAAUUGCGGCAAAACAGAUGGGGCUUUUCCAGAAAGGGCAAGUCUGCGUCAUGAUUCACACUGGUUCCAGAGGCUUAGGCCAUCAAGUAGCUACAGAUUCUUUGUUAUCUCUUCAAACUCAAAGUUCGGGAGUUCAAGUAAACGAUAAACAACUUGCUUGUGCACGGAUUAAUUCUCCAGAAGGGCAAAAAUAUUUAAAAGGUAUGGCUGCUGCUGCUAAUUACGCUUGGGUCAAUAGGUCGGUCAUAACAUUCCUUGCUAGACAAGCGUUCGCUAAGGUGUGUAAUUCUACCCCUGAUGACUUGGAUAUGUGCGUCAUCUAUGAUGUAUCCCAUAAUGUAGCAAAAUUUGAACAACAUUGUAUUAAUGGAAAACCAAAGGAAUUGCUGAUACACAGAAAAGGCUCCACUAGAGCCUUUCCUCCUCAUCAUCCAUUAAUACCUUUAGAUUAUCAAUUUAUUGGUCAACCUGUUUUGAUAGGUGGCACCAUGGGUACAAAUUCCUAUAUUGCAUUAGGGACUGUCCAAGGAAUGAGUGAAACAUUUGGUUCAACGUGUCAUGGGGCGGGUCGCGCAUUAAGUCGUAAUAAAAGUCGAAAUACAUUAGACUACAAAGACGUUUUACAAAAAUUACAUGAUAAAGGAAUCUCGGUUCGUGUAGCUUCUUCUAAACUUAUAAUGGAAGAAGCUUCUGAAGCUUACAAGGAUGUCUCUGAAGUUGUCAAUACUUGCCAUGCCGCCGGUAUAUCAAAAAAAUGUGUCAAAUUACGACCCAUAGCUGUUAUAAAAGGAUAAAAUAAAGUAAAACUUAAGAAUAUUGGAGCGAAUUAUAACCAUAUUUAUAGUUUAGUGAUUUCAAUAUAUAUAUGAAUUUAUUAUAUUUAAUUCAAGUGUAUAUUAAAAACAUUACUGUAGUAAUCUAUCUUUUUUUACGAUAAAUAUGUUUAUUUUUUGUAUAG